AUGUCGAACUACGCUCAGGAUAGCGAAAAUAGCAUCCAUACUCCCCUACUGCCAGACCAACAGACCAAUCCGGCUCAGCAAAACGCAUUCGCCCGGAACUUGGGAGCGGCGGAAGCCUUUGGCGUCGUCGUUAGUGUCGUGAUCGGCAGUGGUAUCUUUACAUCAACCGGAGCCAUCGAUGCAAAUGUCCCUUCGCCUGGUGCUGCUCUGAUUGUAUGGCUCGCCGGUGGGAUUCUCGCGUGGACGGGGGCAAGCACUAUGGCGGAGCUUGGUACAACAAUCCCCGGUCAAGGAGGCGUGCAACCCUACCUUCAGUAUAUUUUCGGGGAUAUUGUUGGCUUCCUGGCCGCGUGGACCUGGAUUCUCGCCAUUAUGCCCGCUACCUUGGCGAUUAUCAGUAUUGUUUUUAUCGAAAGCAUCUACUCGGCCCUUGGGGUGACCGAUCAGGCCCAGAGAAUUGACCACAAGCUAUUAUCAAUUCUCGUUUUGAUUUUUGCCAAUGUCGCGAACUGCAUUAGCACUAGAGUGAGCACCCGACUUAAUAGGUUCUUUGUGGCGACGAAAUUCGUUUCCGUCCUGGGGAUUGUAUCGGCAGCAGCUAUAGUCAUGAUCAUACACCUGCUCAACCGCGAAGGGCAUACGGGAUCCAAGGACUGGUAUAGUAGACCUUGGUUUGGCUUCAGAGACACCCAAGCCACUGAUGGACGGGAAAUCAAGUGGAGUGAAAUCCCGCUAUGGGAGCUUUUAGGACACUACUCUACGGCUCUAUACGGUGCCUUGUGGGCUUAUUCGGGAUGGGAUAAGGCGAUCUACAUCACCGAUGAACUAUCCGCUCCUGCCCGCCAACUCCCGCUGGCUAUUAAUUCGGCAGUUCCUAUAAUUAUUCUUUGCUUUAUCAUAGCCAAUGCGGCUUACUAUGUACUUCUACCAUGGGAUGUGAUUCCUUCCACCGAUAGCGUUGCUGUGACCGCGAUGGAACGCCUUCUUGGACCCGGAUUUGGCAUUGUCGCUGCAUUCCUUUUUUGCCUGGUCGUUGCUGGUUCCUUGCUCGGGAAUUCUUUCGUCGCCGGUCGCAUGGUAGUUGCUGCAGCACACCAGGAUUGGCUUCCCAGCUUUCUCGGGUUUAUAGGCCAUGUACGCGCCUCUGCUCGUCCCUUCAAUCACCCAGCGGCGGAGCGAAGUAUAUCUGAUGCGCCAUUGAAUGCUAUUAUCCUCUCGACGCUUCUUCCGAUCUUUUAUAUUCUCCUGGGCAAUUUUAGGGCACUCCUUACCUUCAAUGGCCUCGGGGAAUAUAGCUUUUUUUGCCUCACAGUUCUCGGAGCCAUACUACUUCGCUUUCGCGAGCCACACCGUGAGCGGCCUUACAAGCCAUUCCUCUUGGUCCCGGUCGUUUUCGCCUUGGCCAGUGGAUUUGUGGUUAUCCGUGGAGCUGCCUUUGCGCCGUUUCAAGCGUGUAUCCUUCUCGUACUUUGGUUGCUUGGAGUGGCAGUUUACCACCUCAGGAAGAAGAUUAAAGCUAGAAGCGCCUAACCAACCCGUGCACCGCAGAGGGGAAGGUUUUGGGGGGAUUUAUUUGCGAAGUUCGUUAUCCUUGAUCAGCUCACCUUUUUGCCAGUACGUAACAACCCG